GGGGAGGGCGGAGAGCUCGCCUUGGGGCGGCUGCGGCCGGGAGGCGCCGGGGUGUGAGGAGUGCGGCCCUUCUCUAGCUGGCGGGGAGGGAUGGAGGCGGCCUGGCGGCAGGGCGGCCGGGGCCGGGGUCGCGCCAGGCUCGGGGAUGGGCUCUCCAACCGUGCCGGGGCAGCCGCCCGGCCUCCUGCCCCUGUUGGCCGCGGCGGUGCGUGCGUUCAGAUGGCGGCGAGCGGCGGCGAGGGGACCUGCGAAUUAUCUUCACAGAAGAAAUUUGAUGAAAUUAAGAAGGCGAAUCAGGCUGCAGCAAGAAAGCUGGCUGAAGAACAGUUUAGUUCUUCGUCAGAAGAUGAUGAUGAAGAUGCUGAAAUAAAACAAGGAAAGAUUUUGGCGAAAACAUUUACCAUUUACACCAGUCAAACCGAUGGAGAUGCAAGUGAACUGGAACGUACAAGACAGUACAUGAACGAAGCUUUUCAGUCAGGGGCUAUGACAUGUCUGAUCUGCAUUGCUUCAGUUAAAAGGAACCAAGCUGUCUGGAGCUGUUGUGGAUGCUUCUGUAUAUUUCACCUGGUGUGUAUCCAAAAGUGGGCCAAGGACAGCCUUUUCCUUGUGUCAUCUCCUUUGACAGAUGAUGAUUUUGGGAAGAAAGAUUAUCCGUGGCCAUGCCCAAAAUGUAGGUUUGAAUACAAACGGUCUGAAACUCCCAAUAAGUAUUACUGUUACUGUGGAAAAGUAGAGAAUCCAACAGUGGACCCAUGGCUGGUACCUCAUUCCUGUGGUCAAGUAUGUGAGAAGGAAUUCAAACCUCCUUGUGGGCAUAAAUGCUUGCUACUUUGUCAUCCAGGUCCCUGUCCACCUUGCCCAAAGAUGGUCACAACAUCCUGUCACUGUAGGAAAGCUAAACCAGUGCCCCGAAGGUGCAGUGCCAAGGAGUGGUCAUGUCGUCUGCCAUGUGGACGAAUGUUGCUAUGUGGACAGCAUACUUGUGAGAAUCCCUGUCACUCAGGAGAUUGUCAGCCUUGUCCACGUGUCAGUAAACAGCGGUGCAUCUGUGGAAGGCAGACAGCAGAAAGGCUUUGUGCAAGUCCUCAGUGGCAGUGUGAACAGGUGUGUGGAAAAGCUUUACCUUGUGGUAAUCACACAUGUGAACAAGUUUGUCAUGCUGGUCCCUGUGGAGACUGUCCUCGUUCUGGGAAAAGGUCCUGUCCAUGUGGAAAAUCAAAAUUUACGUUGCCUUGUACAGAAGAUGUGCCCACCUGUGGUGAUAGCUGUGACAAAGUUUUAGAGUGUGGCAUCCAUAAAUGUUUGCAGCGCUGUCAUCGAGGUCCCUGUGAAACAUGCCGACAGGAAGUUGAAAAACAGUGUCGCUGUGGGAAGCACACUAAACGCAUGCCCUGUCAUAAGCCUUAUUUAUGUGAGACAAAGUGUACUAAAAUUCGUGAUUGCCAAAAGCACCAGUGCAGAAGAAAGUGCUGUCCUGGAAACUGUCCACCUUGUGAUCAAGUGUGUGGGCGGACUCUAGGUUGCAGAAAUCACAAAUGUCCUUCAGGCUGCCACAGAGGUAGUUGUAAUCCAUGUCCAGAGACUGUAGAUGUGAAAUGCAAUUGUGGAAAAACUGUUAUUAAAGUGCCCUGUGGCAGAGAGCGCACCAUCAAGCCUCCAAAAUGUAAACAGCUGUGCAGUCGCCCUCCUACCUGUCACCACCCUACCCAGGAGAAGCACUACUGUCACUUUGGUCGGUGUCCUCCGUGUCGUCAGACCUGCCAGAAGACAUUAACUUGUGGUCAUUUGUGCCCUGUUUCCUGCCACGAUGAAGCACUUGUGAAGCAGGCUGGCAUUCAUCAAUUCGCAGGUCCUUGGGAACAGCCAUCUGAGCCAGCUUUUAUUCAGACUGCGUUACCAUGUCCACCCUGUGAGGUUCCUAUACCAGUGGAGUGUCUUGGACAGCAUGAGGUUAGUCCACUACCAUGUCACUCUGCAGGUCCCUACUCAUGUAAAAGAUUCUGUGGGCGACUUCUUAGUUGUCAGAAUCACACUUGUAUGAAAGAAUGUCAUCAUGUUACUAAAAUCAACAGUAACGCAGAUGGAAAGAAGGCAGGUCCAGAAUGUUUGCGGUGUGAAGAGGAGUGUACCAAGCCACGGCCAUUGGGCUGUCCUCACCGAUGUGUUUUACCCUGUCAUCCUGGGGAUUGUCCAUCUUGUCUCCAGAUGCUUAAAAUAAAGUGUCACUGCAAACUAUCAGUACUGUAUAUUGAAUGCUUAAAACUAACAAGUGCAGAUAUAAAAGAAAAAGAUCUUCUUACUUCCUGCAAAAACCAGUGUCCAAAACAGUUGCCUUGUGGUCACCGGUGUAAAGAGAUUUGCCAUUCAGGUGAUUGUCCUCUGAACUGCAGCCAGAAGGUUAAACUCAAGUGUCCUUGUAAGAGACUGAAAAAGGAAGUACAGUGCAGCAAGAUUCAAGAAGGCCAGGUUUCACUGGAGUGCGAUGCAUUAUGCAAGGAAAUGAAACGGAAGGCGUCUGAGAUAAAAGAGGCAGAAGCCAAAGCUGCUAUUGAAGAGGAGAAACGAAGACAGCAGGCUGAACUGGAAGCUUUUGAAAACAGAUUAAAAGGACGAAGAAAGAAUAAGAGGAGAAGAGAUGAAGUAGAAAUUGAACAGUCAUCAUGGCAAAAAUAUAAAAACCUCAUUAUGCUGCCAGUGUUUGGAGUUGCUGUUGUGAUGGUUGCAUGGCUCAUGGUCUACAAUGACUGAAUCAUCUCAGUAUUCAGUAUACCUCAGUUGGGCUUUAGGUAACUAUUAUUCUUAGAACGUUUAGUUUGUAUGCAACAGAACUUAAUGUGCAUAGAUUGUGUAUGUACACUAUUUGCAAAAGAAGUGAAGAGGAGGGAAGAAAUGUCACCUUUUGUGUUAUUACAUUCACGGCACAAAACUGAAUUCAGACACUGAAAAUAAUAGUAAAUUUUAGUCGACACUGAAGUGCUGAUGUAAUUUGUCUGAGCUACAUUAACGUCGGUUCUAUUAAUAUAUUAUUACUUUUCCUUGUCUCCAUUUCACUAUAGUAAAAAUAGCUUAGUAUAAAAUGCUUUCUUGAAUAUUUGUUUCUCAUAAAAUCAAUUUAGUGUAUGAUUAAAUAGAAGUAUUUAUAAGUUAGUCCUUUUGUUAUAUCACACAACAGUUUCUGUCCUUCACGACACUUUUAUUUGUAACUACUGAGGAACUUCAGAUCAUUUAAGUUUUGAGCAUUCUGCGGCCUCCCACAUCGAAACUUUUUUUAGAGAAAAAUGUGAAAUGCCUCUCAAUUCAACUAUAGUGUAAAUAAUAAAAUGGGCCCCCUUGGAGACUUUUUUUUAAUUGCUGUUGUUUUUCAGGGCUCGGUUCCUCAAAAUCAAAUCAACUGAAAACUUGAUUCAGUGAAUGGAUGCAUACACUGAGCAUAGGUGUGAAGUACUUUCAGCAUAGAGGGAGAUGUUCUCAUUGUUUUCCAUGUAACCAAGGGCAGAAAAGCAAAUUGAAACUAAACUUAGAGCAUUGCUUCUAUAUUUUUAUGGAGAAUGGUCACAUUUGACUAAUUGCUUAGAUGUACACAAAUGUAAAGUAGUUGAAUAGUGUACCAGUACAACUAUAUGUUGUUCUGAAGCCAUCUGGAUGGUGCUUUCCAGUACUGUAAAAACUAUCUAGCUAAUCUUUUAAAUAUCUCAAUAUUACUGACAGUUUCAAAUGCCUUGCUUUGGGAAAUUGAGUGAUUGGUAGAACUGCAAGGUUUACAUGGCUUUGAGAUUACAAGAAAAGCUAUAUUGUCUCAGCUGAAGGGCUGCAAGUUUAGUUUGGGAUGUAAGGGAAAAAUCAGAAGAUGAUUUUAUUUUUUUUUAAAUCUCUGCUGGAAAUGUUAUGCUGAUAUUUGAGCAACGUGUGUAUCCAAAGAGUGCUUUACAAGAUCCUUUGAAAGAGAAGGUACAAAGCUUGCAAUUCUUGGAGUUCUGACUGUGGGAUGUUUGUUUUCCUCCCAAAGCAAUUGUAAUUUCAGCAUCUAGUUUCUUUGCAAAUGCUUGCAAAAGCAGGUGGGACCGUUUGUGGGAAGGAGUAGAGAAAAUUGCAGUUUGCUCGAGAGCUCUUUCAGUCAGUUUUUAGCCUACAUGUAAAGGGAGUCGAUUCUCAGCUGAUAUCCAAAUGUGUAAUUACGGUUCAGCAGCAGGAAAAGCAAGAAAAGCUGCAAAAGGCAGCAGUUCCUGGGGGAACAAUUUCUUGAUUUUUUUUUUUUUUUUCCCCACCCAAGUUUGGUGAAAGAGAGAUGAGGAAAAUUUGGCAAUUUUUAGCAAGAAUGAGUUCUAUUUGGGAGUAUUACGUAUGUAUAUAUUUUUUUUAAAGUGAUGAUAAAAACUUACUGAUUCUGUCAGAUUCUUAGGCUGUUUAGUAUGUAAAGCUGUUGAAUUAAAAUUAGCGUAGAGCUGAAAUUUCACCAGGUAAUCAAAGCUGUGUCUGUUGAAUUCUCUUAUUUCCUAGUGUGAGGAGUGAAUCAUUUCCGUAUUGUUACUUUAACUCUUUUCUGUAAUGCUGAUGCCUGUGAGAUAAUUGCAUAUGUAGGUGUUGUUUCUUUAACCAAGUGAGGUGAUGCCAUUAUGUGACUGCUUGGGCCUAUAUUCUCCCAUCACUGAGAAAAAAAGGAGGGAGAUAUUUUUGUUUCACUGAAGUAAAACCUCAUCUAUUGUCCAAAACUUCAAAAAGAAGCUUUUGUAGCUGGAAUAUUUAGGUUAAGGUGAAUGGGAACAUUGUGGAAACAGCUCUUAUUUUAUGUGAAUGAAAGCCAUUUUUCUAUGUACUGUAAGCUAUUUCUUUGAAACAAGUACAAUGUAAAGUUUCUCCUUGCCUGUAUGGCAAAGAGAAGAAAUCUCUACAGUUAUAAUAAUGAACUGCACUUGAGUUACAUGUUUGAAGUGGUUCUUAGCGUACUUCUCUGCAUAUUUUGCAAUAUUUGUGUGACACACUGAAAAGGAAAAGACUUGCUUCUGAUUGAUCAUCUUUAUUAAAAUAAGAAAGCAAAUGAGAAAAUUCAUUCCAUUCAUACGUGUGUGUAUGUAAGCAUAUUCCCUUCAAAGAUUCAUCUCUCUCCUGAUCCUUGCAUAUGUGAAAAACCCCUAUUUUUGAGAUUUCAUUCAAAAUAGUUCUGCCUGCUGAACCAGAUAGAUGUUUACUGGCAUAAAAAUAAGUGUGUGGGCUCAAGCAAUCUGCAGUUUAAUAAAUCACUGUCUCCUAUUCGUUGUUUUAAAAUGAUUUUUACAGUUCAUUUUUUUUUUUUGCCUUUUGUUUUUGAUUGAAGCUCCACGUGUUGCAAGCACAGCGGUGGUGAAGUAAAAGGUACAGAUGAAAUCAUCUAUAUGAAGUAUUCAGAUUACAAAAAGUAUUUUGAAUGUUAACAAUUUUCAACAAAUAAAAAUUAAAAAGCAUACUGAUAGGUAUAUAUUAGAACAGAUGAUAGAAUGUGACUUGGUUGUUGGAGGGAUAUCAGAGAUGAGCCCGAUGAUGGGCAUGCUUCAAAAUAUUCAGAUACAUGUAGAAUAAAGAAAAAAAAUAACAGAAAAUAAUCAGUAACUUCUGAGGGGUUUUUGUUGUUCUGAUUCUGAACACAUUCUGGUUAGCAUUAAUCUCUGUACUGAACCGGGGUGCUUAUAAAUUGUCAGUAUUUUAACCUGAAAACUCCUUGGGUCAGUUUGUUCCCUAUAGCAGUAGUGAGACUUUUGUGUAUGUUAAUUUAAUGUAAAAACCAAGUCAUACAAUAAACACAUCCGCAGCUA